AAGCGUGCUUUCUCCAAAGUAACUGAUGUCACAGUGUCAAAUUCAAAAUAUUUCAAAGCUCGCGCGAAGCGACAGAUGUCAAGAGGAGGAAAUGACAUUGUUGGUCACGUGGGUGACGUGGGGUGCUUCGAUGGACUCUUCCACGUGACUUUGGACAGUAUGAUAUCAUCGUAGGAGUUCCCAGAAAUGACCAUUGCUACGGAACUAGAAACCCCCUAAUUUUGUCAAAGCCGGCUGUACAGGUACAUGAGAUGGUGGUGACGGUCUCCAGAUGCGCACACUGCAUGACGAUCUUCUCCGAGGUUCAGAGCUGAGUAAACUCCAAUGUCAGGCAUGUGUUUACAAGAUUCUGUGGUGGACACCCUAUCUGGCCCUAGUGCACUGCCACUACAACCUCUUGGUCACUUAGAAGAACAGAUAGAGAAUGUGAAGAAGGCACUGCGCUUGCAGGGCAUUAACUUUGAGGAGCAAUGCACAUCGAGUACAGGCACUGACUGCUGGAUCUUAUAUAACCUCACACCAUGGAACAAGAUUCUUUACUUUGCAAAUAUGGAACUUCAAGAGUACAAACCUGGAAAGUUGAGUCUUUGCGAGGUGAAUAAUAAUACCGCUAUGUGCCAUGACAAUGGACCUCUACUCAGUGCUGCAUUUGUGACUUAUUGGCUAGUCAAGAAACACAGCUGUGUCGAUUUUUUUAAACCAGGCGCCUUUGUAGUUCGACAGUCAAGCAGUGCGUUCAAAAAUGCUCUUGCAUCUAAUGCUAAUCUGUGCCACUUUGAUUAUUCCUGGAGUGGCUACUCGCGACAUAAAGAACAUUUUGUCUCCGAGGGAGUCAGCCUGCUGAAGAAUGUCGAAAGCCUUGUCCUCUGCAACGUUGAGAUCAAGCACGAAGGAACUGUUCUUGUCGCCGAGAUGCUUGAGGACAAUAGAAAAAUUAAAAAAGUAAACUUUACUAGUAAUUCCCUCACAUACUGUGACUCGGAAAGAAUAUUUAGAGGUCUAAGAGGGUGCAUGACGUUGACAGAGCUUGUGUUUGACGGCAACCGCAUUGGAAAGAAGGCAAUGAAGUAUCUCGGUCAACUCGUUGCAAAAAGUCAGUUGCUCGAAACGGUUGCACUCCACUUCUGCAUUAGCUCUGAAGAUAAUGGUAUAGAAAGUCUCGGCAGUGCUCUCAAGGUUAACACCAGCGUUAAAGAGAUCAGCUUCGACAGCUGUAGCUCUUGUGUGGAAGCAAUAGCAGAUGCUCUCAUAGAGAACAGAUCUGUACGCUGUGCCAAAUUUGUACAGAGUGGAGUCAGUGACGAGAAUUGCUCAAAGCUGUCCAGAAUGCUCCAACAGAAUUCAACUUUAGAAGAACUGCACCUCUCUUCUAACCAGAUUGGAGACUACGGAGCUUCGUUUCUAGCUACUGGACUUCUUGGCAACAAAACUCUCCGAAAGCUCUUCCUGGACGAGAACUGUAUUGAACAUCGUGGCUUAGGACGUCUCAUCGAAGCCCUGGCAACGAAUGAAUCUCUUCAGUUUCUCGAUGUAACUUCCAAUUCUUUGGAAGAACAUGACACUAGCACAUUAAGCAGAGCACUUAUCAGUGCCAGAGCUUAUGGAAGGGUAAGGCUGGACUGGCAGGAUGUUGACAUCAAUCAGCUUGCAAAAGUUCUCGCUGCUGGAAGUCAAAUUGAAGAUCUCGAGCUCGACUGCACAAGGGUUUCAGAGGGGAAGAUGCUUGAAGUACUCUCAUCACUUUGUGCUAAUGCAUCGGUUAAGAAGCUUUGUUUAAAGGGGCAAUUAACAGUCCCAAUUGCUGAGUCUAUAGCCAAAGUGCUGUACACAAACACAAGUAUCAAAAGCCUUGAUGUACGCUUCUGGACACAGCAGCAUGGUUUCCCAAGUUUGCUUCGGGCCCUUGAAUGCAACAGAACCAUAACAAAGUGCAGUAUUAACAUACAGGAAUACACCACAAAGAUACGUCUGGCCAUGGGGUCAGUCCUGCGCAGAAACACAGCCAUCACCAAUCUAGUAAUUUUUGCUUUACAUGAACGUGACUUCAGAGCUAUAUCCAAGGCAUUAAGAUCUAACUACACGAUAUCCAAACUAGACUUUGUAUGUUCUGCAAAACCAAAUAAGGACGUGUCUGACAUUCGUAGAUUGCUUCAGCGCAAUCAAUCACUUCUAAGUGCAGCAGCUCGUUUCGUCAUCAGCCCUUCAGUCCAUAAAGAAAGAGCGUUGGCCUUUGAAAAACUUGCACACAGUGACAGCCUUGCUGAGCACUUGGUGAACAUCACAUCCAAGAGUGCGGAGGAGAUCAGAAAAAUUUUGCGUUGUGCCAAGGAGUACGUUACGUCAAACUAUUUCAGGAUAGUUGGUGUGGUGAAAGCAAAGGUGGAGUGCUACGACAUUGUGGGUGACAGAGGACAAAUUGACCAACUCAACGAGGUGUGUUUGCGAAGGCUACUGUUUUACCUCAGGAUUGAUGACGUUAUUGAUCUUUGAUUGUCAUAGUUUAAUAAAUAUUGAGUGUUGCUACA